GGGGAGAGGAUCCGCUCCGCCGAGGGAGGCGGAAAUGAGAGGGGGGUGUCCAAAGAGGAAACCCUAUCCCUUUAAGAGCAAGUGGGACAUAGCGGUGCGAGAAAAGGAGAGGAGGGGGAGAAGAAAGAGGAAUUAAAAAAGAAAAGGAAGAAAGAGACAGGGAGGGAGGAGGGAGAGCGGGCGAUAAAAAAAGAAAGAUGACAUCCCCGCAGCUGAACGGCCGAGGUGGAGCGAUAGGCUGCGGCCCGGCGAGAGCGCCGCUCGCCAGGGUCAGGGCUUGAAUCCAACAGCGAGGCUUCGACAAACACCCGAUUGGCCUAUUGGGGGAAAUCGGAAAAAUAGAUUCAUAAAUUAAAAAAACAGCAUGAACUGCUAUUCUAUCAGAUGCGUGUAUUCCAACCCAUACUUAUUCUUAUGCGUAAACAUGCAUUUAUUUCACGCAGAAUGUCUUAUGUUUACUGCUAAAAAAUAAUACUGUAAUAAGCGAUUUUAUUUAAUUUUUUUGCUUUUUGGAGAGGAUUUGUAGUUCUGAGAUAUUGCGUUGUUUUGUAUCAUUACUGUUUGAUCAAUUAAACUGAGAAACCAAAGUGAAAGAAAUAGGCCAUUAUUGGAACUGGCCUGCUCCACUAACUGCCUGUCUCUACCGCAGCCUAGUCAACAGCUGCGUGAAUUUUAAUUGACAGCAUUAGGCUACCUCAAUGAGCAAAGAGAUAUUUUUUACACGCGAAUUCGUUCAAGUUGUUUUUUCCAAGAAACUCCAGAAGCCCGUCGUUUCUGCUGCAGGAUAGGCGACUGUUUGCACCUCAAUCAUCGGGUGGGCCGAUCAAAACCAUGCAAAGGCUGUUCUCCUCGAUCUCAAUCAGGACUACUUAGCUGACUUUAUAAUCUCCAUCGCUUUUGGUGCAAAAUGGAUGCUGCUUGGAGCAAUUUUCUCUUCCAGAAUACUCCCACCCAAAACCAAGUGGAGGGGAGCCUCCAAUCAGAGCUCAUGCCAGUGCAUACGAGUUCUCCUCAGACCCCACCCACAGAGCACAUAGCACAGCCUCCUUCCACUGUGGACACUGCUGCUCUCAGUGAGGAGCCCAUGCCUGUGAAACCUGUGUCUCGGCCAGCCCGUGUGCCCCACAUCUGUGCCAUCUGCAACAAGCAGUUCAAGAACAACUACAACCUGCGGCGGCACCAGUCGGUCCACACUGGGGUACGCAUGAAGGACAGGGCCAGAGAGCAGGCGGAGGGGGCAAAGGAGGGAGCAGCCGGCCAGGCGGCGGCGGUGGCGGCCCCAGCGGCGAUGGCGGUGGGGGCCGGAGGGAGGGCGGAGAGGCAAACGGUUCCCCUCUCCCUGCUCCACCUCUCCGCACCUCCCCCUCUCGCCCCUCCCGGCGUGCUGGCGGGGGCCCAGCAGCCUCUCCUGGGUAGUCAGGAUGGCGAAGGGGUGGCCAUGCCGAACAUAGUGGCUAGUGUUAACCCCCACGCUCCGCCUCCUGCUGCUGUCGUCAUGGCCACUGGGGCGACAGUACAGCGGCCGGCAAAUCCCAAUCCUAACCCGGUGAGGAAGAACCACGCCUGUGAGACGUGUGGGAAGGCCUUCCGUGACGUUUACCACCUGAACCGUCACCGUCUGUCCCACUCGGACGAGAAGCCCUUCUCCUGUCCCAUCUGCCAGCAGCGCUUCAAGAGGAAGGACCGCAUGAGCCACCACGUCCGCUCCCACCAGGGCGGGGUGGAAAAACCCUACGUCUGCCCCCACUGCGGCAAGGCUUUCUCCAGGCCCGACCACCUCAACAGCCACGUCAGACAGGUCCACUCCUCAGAGAGACCCUUCAAAUGCCCGACCUGCGAGUCCAGCUUCGCCACCAAGGACCGGCUGCGCGCCCAUAUGAUUCGUCAUGAGGAGAAAGUCCCCUGCCACAUCUGCGGCAAGCUCCUGUCGGCUGCUUACAUCACAGAUCACAUGAGGGUGCACAACCAGUCGCAGCACCACGCCUGCCACCUCUGCAACCGCAGCUUCACCACGCUGACGUACCUUCGUGUCCACGCUCAGAAGCACCACGGCCAGGAGUGGAAGGACAGCGCAGGGGGGUUCGGCGGCACCGCCUCGGGUGGUGUGCUCGUCUGCCACUUGUGUGGCGUCCACUGCAAGACGCCCACCCAGCUCCAGGGGCACAUGGGCACCCACAGCAACAACCAGGGCGCCCCGAGCCCCGUCACCACUAACGCAGGGGCCAGCAGCUCCGUCUCCCUCAGCAACAUGGUGACAGCGCCCACCGUCUACGUCACCGGUAACACAGUGGUGGAUCUGCUAGUCACGGACUGCUCUAGCAUCGCAGCGCCGCAGCCCCACAGUUAGCAGUAGCGAGCUCAGCAAUAAUAAACCUCAGUCCUCUAACAGAGGUGAGAGAAGGGCGAAGUUACUUGUAGAUGCUGAUCCGGUUUCAGUUUUGUAAUGUCACUGCUACUAGGCCGCGUUAGGAUUAAGGCUGGGGGAGAUGAACGCCAGUCAGCGCUCAAGGGCAGCGUCACCUCAGAGCUUCAAAGACUGGGGUGUCAGGAAAGCGGGAGACAAAGAAGAGCUGCAUCACUACAUUACAUUGGCGAUGAAGACACACCGCGCUCGUUCAAGGCUAAGAGGAACUUUUGUGGACAUGGCAGGGUCAGCGGCAAGUCCGGAUGUGUCGUCCAAAUACGCUCUCACGCUUUUUAAGACUACAAUGAAACUGGUGUUGUGAGCAUCUACUGUAUCUGUCUCCCCUCUCUCUGUUCUGUCCUCUUUCUCUCUCUCUCUCUCUUUCUCUCUCUCUCUCUCUCUCUCUCUCUCUCUCUCUCUUCUUCUAUUCAGCCCUGGCAUUGGCUACUCUGCAAGUGCACCAAGUACUGUAUAUCACACCAGCUCUGAUCUUUACCUCCAUUUUGCAACUCACUUCCUGAGAACCCAAAUGGCUUGCGUUGAGAAGCAGCAGGGUGAGAAUUGCUCUCGGAAAAUAAGACGAAAAGUGAAGAUAAAUAGAAUAGAUCGAUAAAAUGAAAAUUCGAGGAUGAGAGAGAGCGGCUGGGAGUGUGCAAGUCGUGGGGGCUGCUCCAGCAUGUUAGCCUGCUAGCUUGCUUGUUGACAACACACACAAAAAAAACUAAAAUGAAAUAAAAUAAAACUUGUUUGAUUUCGCCAAGCUGUAAUGUUAGUUGAUUAAGUCUCAUGAGGGCUGUAUUUCGAUGAGGACAGGAGAGCAUAUGUGUGGCGGCCAUGAUGGCGUCGUGGGAUGUACUUUGCUAUUUGUUUCCUAAAGGUACAGAGAUAAAAAAAAAAAAAAAAGCGAGUUCUGUUCAGGAGUGUCGUGCACCUUAAAAUGUCAUGUUGGAUUCAGCGAGGGUCAGAAAUGGGUUCGGAAAUCAAAAUGGGUUUAAGAUUUCUUGGAUUUUCUUGCUCUGAGUCUUCCUCUCUGGGUCUGGCCAUUUUUUAACAAACAAAACAAAACAAACAAACAAACAAAAAAAAAGUCAUUACUGCUGAUCAACACUUUAGCUUCUGACAUGGCAAUUCUUGCGCCUGGAAACUACCUUUUGCAUGAAAGCGAGCUAGCUAAGACAUGCUUAUAUUUAGGGAGCUGUCAUGACAAAAGAAAGUUUUAGCAGUUCCAUUAAGUUAGUUGACUGUAAACAAUAAUAUUUAUGAAAGUCAAGUGUUGAUUUACUCAAAGAUCUUUAACAUUGUUGGCCGUUGAUUUGAUUGUAACUGUCAUUGCCAUAGUCCUUUGUUUUCUUCUAUGUACCAGUCCAUUGUGUGAAACUUAUGCAUUAGAUUUAGUCAUUUAACACUAUGUAUAGCACAUAGCGUUCUGAACGCAAGUCAUUAUUGCUCUCCAUGAAUCAUGUGAAGAACGGUCACUUGUCCCUUGGGUAUUUUUGGUUGCUCUGAGGUCUGUUGUGAUUGACGUGUGGUGUGGAGAAAGGGCUUGUGAAGCCACAGGUCGGGGCGGGGCGGCGGGGCGUGACGCUGGGGGGGGCUCCGAGUUUGACAACACCACUUGGUAUGCUGUAAACAAAUCCUGGUUUUGUACUGGAGUGCUUUGUUUUUUUUUUUCCAGUUUUGUGUUGAUAUGUUAUCUUGAAAUCUGUAGAGUUGUUUCUCUCUCUUUCUCUCUCUCUCUCUCUCUUUCUUUUUUUUCGGAGAUUUGUUCUUCCUGUUGAGAAAAGUAGUGAUUUAUUAAAAGUUAAUUUAGGUUUUCUCCAUCACACUAAGAAAAAAAUAAUACCUCUACUCUAGGAUCCUGUACAGCUCUUGCGAUACAUCUUAAUGCCUUAUCGUACUCAACUGCAUUUUAAUUCUUUUAUUAUGAAAUAUUUUAAAUCUUAGUCAUGGAUUCAUUAAGAAUAUUAAUGGGAUGUAUUUAUAUUUAUAUUUUUAUAUUUCUCAACAGUAUGCAUGUCUAUAAACAGUUGUUAGAGCAAAAAAAAAAAAAAAUCAAUGAUGCUUACUACAGUCAUAAAUAUUAUGUUAUUUUGUAGAUGAAGUAGAGAUCAUGUUAUUAUUUUGUAAUUUGGACAAUUUAAAGUAAAAGGAGUAAACAGAGA